CUUCCCAGUGUUGUGAGUUACAAGUUACAAGUCUAUGCCCCAGCGGAGGGCUGCCCGUCAGCCAAAAUGAGCGCUUCAAUCCUCAACAUUCAGCGCGACAUCAUCCUGAACACCAUUCGUUACGCGGCGGGGAACGAGUGGAAGGUCCUAGUCGUGGAUGAGACCAGUCGGAAACUAAUCGACAAUGCCGUCAGCGAAGAUGAUAUCCUCAAUCUCAACGUGACCAAUGUUGAACAGAUCGAGCACCGACGCCCAACAAAUGCCUCUAUGGAUGCGCUGUACAUCCUCUCCCCCCUUCCGCAUAUUGUCGACUGUUUGAUGGCCGAUUUUGAGCGGAAGAGAUACAAGAAAACAUGGCUGGUUUGGACGUCCUUCCUCGAUCCGCAACAACGAGCCAGACUAGACCGGUCGCAGAUGGCGCAUGACAAUAUCGCCAAUGUUCAGAUCAUGAAUGCCGACUAUUUCCCCCGCGAAUCCCGCGUCGUGACGUUCCGGGAUCCAUGGAGCUUUCCAGUUCUGUUCCACCCUGGUUGCAACCAUUUGAUCCGUGCGCACUUGGAAGGACUGGCUCAGAAGAUUGUGUCUCUCUGUGCAAGCCUAGGAGAGUACCCGAUCGUUCGGUACUAUCGACCCAGGACCCCAACCCACGAGGCCGGCGUAUUGUGCUCACACCUGGCCCGCUUCAUUCAAAACGAGUUGGAUCAAUUCGCGCAAUUUCAGCGGGACUUUCCGCCCCCAUCGUCUCGCCCUCGCGGUGUUCUCCUUGUUGUAGACCGCUCGAUGGACGUCAUAGCGCCUCUGCUCCAUGAAUUUACAUAUCAGUCCAUGGUUCAUGAUCUGCUCCCUAUCAACGAUGGGAACAAGGUCACGUACAAGACCGUUAUUAAUGAGGGCGGCGCUAAUCAAGAAAUCAAAGACAUGGAGAUUAACGAGCAGGACAACGUAUGGGUUGAGUACCGACACAUGCACAUGAAGGACGUACUGGGGAAGCUGGGCGAAGAUUUUGCCAAGUUUCGAGCAGCCAACCCUCAAUUCGCGGAAGACAACAACAAAGCGAACGUCAACACAAUCAAGGAUAUGCUUGCAGGCUUGACUGAGUUUCAGCAGGGCCGCGAUGCAUACACACUUCAUCUGAACAUGGCACAAGAGUGUAUGAAAUACUUUCAGGAGCACAAGCUUCUGGAGGUCAGCUCUGUCGAGCAAAGCCUAGCAACCGGCAUGGAUGAGAACUACAAGAAGGCCAAGCAUCUGGGCUCCCAGAUUGUUCAACUCCUCGAUGAUGAAGCGACUCGACAGCCGGAGCGACUGAGACUUCUACUACUUUAUAUUAUCUACCGAGGCGGACUGCUAGCCGGAGACAUCCGCAAGCUCAUGGCACACGCACAACUUCCACCGCAGGACGGGGAAAUUAUAUCCAAUCUGGACCUACUUGGCGUGCGUGUAGAGAAGCCCCUAAAAGAUGACAAGCCUCCUGUACAACCGCUAUUCACUCGGAAGCCGCCUACGGCAGUCGACAUGGAAGAGGAAAGUUUGACUCGUUACGAUCUGAACCUCAAGUUGAUCUUGGAGGACCUGGUGCGAGGCACCCUUGACACGACUGUCUUCCCACCCACGCGUCCACACACCGAAGGCGAGGGCUCGAACCCACAAGACGCCUUGUCGCAAGCAUCUCUCCGGAGUGCGAAACCCACGUGGGCGCGAACGCGCACAACCGGCGAGCAGCCUCGCCAACGCAUUAUCGUCUUCAUGGCGGGUGGCGCGACCUACGGCGAGGCGCGUACGUGCUACGAGAUCUCGCAAGCACAUGCCAAGGAUGUCUACCUGGCCACGUCCCAUAUGCUCUCGCCGGGGCUAUUCCUGCGACAGAUCGGCGACCUCAGCGUCGACAGACGACGGCUGGACAUCCCGGCCGAGCGGCCGAAACCCACGGCGCCUGCUCAUCUCUUCGAGAAAGAAGCGCCCCCGCCACCUCAACCUCAGGCGAAGAAGCCCGUCGCCGCUGCCCCGCCUUCGGCCGCCAUGGCCUCGAUGUCACUUGGACACAAGGCUCCCAGCAGCGGGCCGAGUCCGGCUCCGGCUCCUACCAGCUCCAAGCCAGGUAAAGAGCACAAGGAGAAGGAGAAGAAGGAGAAGAAACGCCACCACUUUUUCCGAUAGGCUGAUCUGCCACUCUUUGCCCGUAGCCCUCUCCAUAGCUCAACCCUGAUCUCAUCUAGCGCAGCUGUGAUACCAAGUUCAAUUGUCUAUUAGUUUUCGAGCCAUCUCCGACCAUUUACAUGGCCGGACUAAUGCAUCUUAGCAAGAUCAGCAAAGCAAGGUGUACGCACAUCCCAGACAAUGG